CGUCCUCCCCGCCGCCGUCGCCUCCGCGGGACGAGGGGCGCCCGAGCGGCAGCGCCCGGCGGCGCCCGGCGCGACCUUCCCUCGCUUCUCGCCAUGAACCUGCACCAGGUGCUGACGGGCGCCGUGAACCCCGGCGACAACUGCUUCUCCGUGGGGAGCCUGCACGACCAGCCCUUCACGGCAUAUGCGUCAGGAUGUGAUAUUGUAGUGUUGGGGACUGACUUUGAAAGAUUACAGAUAAUCCCUGGAGCAAAACAUGGAAACAUUCUGGUGGGAUGUGUGGACUGUUCAAUGCAACAAGGGAAGAUUGCAGCUUCUUAUGGAAAGGUGAUUUGUAUCUUCGAGCCAGUUAGCCUCUUGAAGCAGAACAGCAGUCAUCAUAAUACAUUGCAUUAUCAGUGGCAGAAGAACGCUCAAAUCUUACUGGAAACUGUAGCGCAUAAUCUAACGUGGGAUCCCACAGGUACUCGCCUUUUGAUUGGUUCCAGUUGUCUUCAACUUUGGUCCAAUGUUCCAUUGGAAAAUCCUUCUGACAAUGACAAUACUGAAAGAACAGAUGUUGGGCUUGGAGAGUGGAAGUGUAUCUGGCAAUGCAAAACUGCCUCUCAAGUUUGUUUAAUGAAAUUCUCACCCGAUGGGGAAUUUUUUGCUACUGCUGGAAAGGAUGAUUGUCUUGUGAAAGUAUGGUACAACACAGAUAGCUGGCGGACAGCUGUAACACCACCUGGUGCAAGUCCUGAAAAACAGGCAAAAGAAGUUGAUUUUUCAUUUGUUUAUUUGGCUCAUCCUCGGUCAGUAAAUGCAUUUUCAUGGAGGAAGACCAGUAAAUUCAUGCCACGUGGUGCUGUCUGCAAUGUACUCCUGACUUGCUGUAAGGAUAAUGUUUGUCGUCUCUGGGCAGAGACUUUGUUACCCAAUGACAGUCUGUUGUAUGGUGGCGGCUACAACAAUUGGAGUGAAGCAGUGAACUUCACAAAUAACUUCAAGAGAAAUACUUCAAGUAAGGAAAAAGUGCAAAAUGCUUUAGAGUUAAACCUGAGGCACUUUCGAAGAGGAAGGAGGAGGUCAGGCGCUGUUGUAGCGCAUACUGGAUAUGCUCCACAUCAGCAAGAUCCCCACGAAGUUCACAGGAACAUCCCUCCUCAUGCAAAUGCACUUUGUCACUUCCAUAUUGCUGCCAGUAUCAACCCAGCCACAGAUAUUCCUCUGCUCCCUUCGAUCACUUCUCUGAGUCUUGGCGAAAAUGAAGAAAAAAGUGGACCUUUUGUUGUGCACUGGCUAAACAAUAAAGAGCUUCAUUUUACCUUAUCCAUGGAAGUAUUUUUGCAACAGCUUAAAAAGAGCUUUGAACAUCAUUCUCCUGAGACUAACACUGAGGAGUCUAAUCAAAUGGACAGCAGAUCAGAAGAAGAAGCUGACGAAAAUGGAGAUGAACAAAAAGCAAACCAGGAAAGGAAAGAACUGGGUGAUGAGAAAACUACUCAAAAUUCUGGCCUUGUUCCUUUAUCUUCUGCUAUUAUUGACCAUGAAAUUGAACUACUACUUUCUGAAUGGAGUAAAAAUGCUGACAUGCUGUUCAGCAUACAUCCCAUGGAUGGUUCACUGCUAGUAUGGCAUGUAGACUGGCUAGACGAAUAUCAGCCUGGCAUGUUUCGCCAGGUGCAGGUGUCAUUUGUCUCAAGAAUACCUGUUGCAUUUCCAACAGGUGAUGCAAACUCUCUUUGCAGAAGUAUAGUGAUGUAUGCUUGUACCAAAAAUGUUGACUUAGCUAUUCAGCAAGGCAAACAAAAGCCUCCUGGACUUACACGAUCUUCAUCUAUGCUUAUCUCUUCUGGACACAGUAAAUCAACCAACAGUUUAAAACUAAGUAUCUUCACACCCAAUGUUAUGAUGAUUUCCAAACACGCAGAUGGGUCAUUGAAUCAGUGGCUAGUGAGUUUUGCUGAGGAAUCUGCUUUUUCAACUGUACUCAGUAUUUCACAUAAAUCCCGAUAUUGUGGUCACCGUUUUCAUCUUAAUGACUUGGCUUGCCACUCAGUAUUACCACUGCUGCUUACAACCUCACAUCACAAUGCUCUAAUUUCACCAGAUGUUGAGAGUGCUAAACAGACAAAUGAUUCUUCAAAGUCUCGGGAGUCACCAGUACGACUUCAGAGCAGAGGCAAUGCAAAUGUAACAUCCCAGGAUCCCAAUGCGGUUUACAGUGAACUUAUUCUUUGGAGAGUUGAUCCUGUUGGGCCUUUGUCCUUUUCUGGUGGAGUUUCUGAACUUGCUCGGAUAAAUUCUCUCCAUGUUUCAGCUUUUUCUAAUGUUGCAUGGCUGCCCACGCUUAUACCCAGCUAUUGCCUUGGUGCAUACUGCAAUUCUCCAAGUGCCUGCUUUGUGGCUAGUGAUGGACAGAAUUUGAGAUUAUAUCAAGCUGUAAUAGAUGCUAAGAAACUUUUGUGUGAGCUCUCCAAUCCAGAAAUUUCUAAAUAUGUUGGUGAAGUUUUUAACAUCAUAAGUCAGCAAUCUACGGCUCGCCCAGGAUGUAUCAUUGAACUGGAUGCUAUCACAGAGCUUCAUGGCAGGAAGACACAGUUAUUCCAUGUUUUUCAAGAAGACUUCAUUUUAAAUAACCAGGAGAAUGAAAUACUAGAAAAGAAGAACAAUUUAUCAGACUCUGGAAACAAGCAGAACGGAUUUUCUGAAAAAUUCUAUCUAAUAGUAAUAGAGUAUACUCAAAACCAUUCGUUACUACAUAUGUGGCAUUUACAUUUGAAGUCAAUUCCUGUCUCAAUAGCUUUUUCAGAUGAGAAGAUUGAUUCAAAUGCAACUGAAGCAGCAACACGAUCAGAAGAAUUGUAUUCUUCACCAGAUCCGGAGAAGAUACAAUCGCCUUUCGCUCAAAAGUAUCAGGCCUGUAGAGCAAACCUUCAGAGCACCAGCUGGCUUACUCUGUCUUCCAAAAUGGUGUAUAGUCAAGAGUUAAAUUUGCCAGAAGGAGUAGAGAUAAUAAGUGUAAAGCCAUCAGCAGGACACCUGAGUUCUUCUUCCAUAUAUCCUGUUUGUCGUGCACCUUAUCUGCUGGCUACUUCAUGCUCUGAUGGAAAAGUUCGGUUCUGGAGAUGCAGAGUUACCACUGAAUCAUCAACUUCUUCCAUGCCAGAAUAUAGUAAUGCACAGAGUGAUGUUGCAUAUGUGUGGGAAGAAUGGCCAUUAUUUAUUGAGGAUGGACUUCUCAGUAGUAGUGCUAUUACUGUUCCAGGAAGGCCAGCUGAAGUUAGUUGUGCACACACGAACAGAUUAGCAGUAGCAUAUCAGCAGGCAACAUCUAAAAAUAGUAAUCUUUCUCAAGAUUUUAUAAUGCAUGUUAGUAUUUUUGAAUGUGAGUCUACAGGGGGUUCUUCUUGGAUUCUAGAACAGACUCUUCAUUUAGAUGAGAUAGGCACCAUGCCGGAGUCUGGUGUUAGUAUUGAUAGUAAUUUAGUGGCAUACACCCAACAAGACAUUUCUCUGUCUCACAGUGGGAGUAUGCCCAGCGCUAAACACUUGGUACACUUAGAUUGGAUGUCUAGGGAAGAUGGUUCACAUAUUCUAACAGUGGGAAUUGGAUCAAAACUUUACAUGUUUGGUCAACUGUCUGGGAAAAUGCAAGAACAGAAUGGUAAGGAGAUUGUAGCAUUCUCCCAUAGUGUUAGUAUGAAGGCUACAACCCUUUCUAGGUUUGUUCUGCUGCGUUGUGUUGACUUAGUUUCGUCUGUAGAAGGGUCACCUCCUUUCCCAGUUUCCUUGUCUUGGGUGCGUGAUGGCAUUCUUGUAGUAGGAAUGGAUUGUGAAAUGCAUGUUUAUUCCCAGUGGCAAUCUCCUUCCAAGCAGGAACUAGUUAGCGCAGAUUCCUACAGUGGAAGUAUGCUGUUUAUAAGUAGCUUAAUGAAACAAAGCCAGUCAGCUGUCUCAGGUCUGCAUCCACCAAAGCGAACCCUGACCAGAUCUAUGACCAGCCUUGCACAGAAACUUAGUGGGAAAAGAUCUGCCUGCAAUCUGUCUGUGGAAAUGGAAGAUUCUGGUCUUUUUGAAGCAGCUCAUGCAUUGUCUCCCACUUUACCUCAGUACCAUCCAUAUCAGCUGUUGGAACUCAUGGAUCUUGGUAAAGUACGUAGAGCAAAAGCCAUUCUGUCCCACCUGGUGAAGUGCAUUGCUGGAGAAGUUGUUGCCAUAAAUGAAUCUGAACCUAAUCAUGAUAAGAGGCUCAGAUCUCUGACUAUCAGUGCUAGUGGGAGUACUGCAAGAGAUCCCAAAACGUUCAGCAAAACUGAGACUACGGACUACAUUGAAAUAGAUUCUGUCCCACCGUUGCCUUUGUAUGCUUUGCUUGCUGCGGAUGACGAUUCAUCUCAUUCAGAGAAGUCUAAUAAUCAAAGUAGUCAAAAUAAAAAAGAUACGCCCAGUGACAACUAUGAAGAUCUCUUUCAAAGUACUGCUGUAAAUACAGACGAACUUGUUACAUUUGAUGCAGAUGAAGACAAUUCGAAACAAGAAGUCAUCGAUCUUUCUCAGUAUAGCCCAACUUACUUUGGACCAGAGCAUGCUCAAGUUCUUUCUCGUCACUUGCUUCAUUCAAGCUUGCCAGGUCUGACUAGGAUGGAGCAGAUGUCAUUGAUGGCCUUGGCAGAUACAAUUGCUACUACCAGUACUGACAUUGGAGAAAGCAGAGACAGAAAUCAGGGUGGAGAAACUCUUGAUGAGUGUGGUUUGAAAUUUUUAUUGGCUGUUCGGCUUCACACAUUUUUAACAACUUCACUUCCUCCUGUACACAGAGCUCAACUGCUUCACCAAGGCUUGUCUACUAGUCAUUUUGCAUGGGCAUUUCAUUCAGUAGCGGAGGAAGAACUACUGAGCAUGCUGCCGGCAGUGCAGAAAGGAGAUCCAACGUGGUCAGAACUUCGAGCUAUGGGUAUAGGAUGGUGGGUUCGAAACAUCCAUAGCCUGCGGAAAUGUAUAGAAAAGGUGGCUAAAGCAGCCUUUCAGCGAAAUAAUGAUCCACUUGAUGCAGCCAUAUUUUACCUCGCCAUGAAAAAGAAGGCUGUGAUCUGGGGGUUAUACAGGUCUCAAAAAGAUGCUAAAAUGACACAGUUUUUUGGAAACAACUUUACUGAGGACAGAUGGCGUAAAGCAGCAUUAAAGAAUGCUUUUUCUUUGCUUGGCAAACAGCGUUUUGAACAUUCUGCAGCGUUUUUCUUGUUGGCAGGACACUUAAAAGACGCAGUGGAGGUCUGCCUUGAAAAACUGAAUGACAUUCAGUUGGCUCUUGUAAUAUCAAGACUUUAUGAAUCAGAAUUUGAAGUAUCUAGUACUUACAAGUCUGUACUACAGAAGAGAAUUUUGGGAAGUGCGUUUCCUGGAAAAGAGAGCUCAGGAAACAUGCACUCUGACCCUUUUCUGCGAAGUAUGGCUUACUGGAUUUUGGAAGAUUAUAGCAAGGCUCUUGACACUUUGAUUAGGCAUUCUGUUGAAGAUGAAGGAGAUGAAGGAAAUGGCUUGUCAAGUUGUAACCCUGCAGUGUUUAACUUCUAUAACUACUUAAGAACACAUCCUCUCUUGUUGAGACGUCAUUUUGGCUCUUCUGAUACAUCUUCCACACAUAUUUGCCUGACAGUAGAAAAUGGAUUAGCUGACAAAAUCAACCUAGGCGAAAGACGGCUCUUUUUCACCACAGCAUAUGCUCAUCUGAAAGCUGGUUGCCCUAUGUUGGCCUUAGAAGUGUUAUCGAAGAUGCCCAAAGUUGUCAAGAGGUCAAAGUCAUUCUGUAGAUCCCCUAGUUUAAUGGAUACUUCUAAAGAUUUCUCACCAUCUUCUCCAGUUAAAGAGUUGGAAACGAAAGACCAGUCUUGCAGUAUUGAUUGGUCACAGCCAGUAUUGAAUGGUCUAGGUUCAUCUUCAGAUUGCUCAUCAGGAAAACAUUCAAGUUCAACACUUUCCUUUGACUGGAGUCAGUCAAGUGUGGUAUUCCAAGAUGAACCAUUGAAGCUCCAAUCAGAUACCGAUGAAAGUGAUGAGAGUGAAGAUUCUUCCCUGGUAAUGAAAGAGCUAAAACCCCUGAAGAAGACUGAAAAAUCAUAUGCAAUAAGUUCUAGCUACACAGAAUCUUUUAGUGUAGUUGAUGACAAAGAUAUUUUAAGUCCAUCAGAAGAUAUAAUUUCAGCACAGCUGAAGUUUAGAGCGUGCCUGAAAAUUCUUACUGUAGAGCUUCGUACACUGUCAACUGGUUAUGAGGUAGAUGGUGGGAAGUUGAGGUAUCAGCUUUAUCAGUGGCUUGAAAGAGAAGUGGUAGCUCUUCAAAAGACCUGCGACUAUAAUGUUGAAGUAGAAGAGAUACAGUCAGGGAUUAGUGUGGUGCCAGAAGAAGCUCUGUUACAAGAAAACACUGAAGACUUAGCUGACCAGCAAAAAAAUAUGCUGCAGAAAGAAGAUUUUCAGAAAAGACGUCAGUGGCUUCUGAAAUACCAGUCUCUCCUAAGAAUGUUCCUUAGUUACUGUAUACUUCAUGGCUCUCACGGUGGAGGUUUGGCAUCUGUCAGAAUGGAAUUAAUUCUGCUGUUGCAGGAAUCUCAACAGGAACAAUCAAUACAGAUACCUUCUAGCCCUCUACCAGACCAAAGCUCCGUACCUCUGCUGUUUGCUUGCACAGCUAGUGCCAAAACAGUGGUGGCUAAUCCAUUGCUACAUCUUGGUAACUUAACUCAUGAUAUAUUACAUGCCAUAAUAAACCUUGAUUCACCACCUCAUCCCGAUACUCAGGAUAACAAGAUAUAUGUAAUGCAUACCUUAGCAGCGUCACUCUCUGCUUGCAUCUACCAAUGUCUUUGUGAUGGCCACAGCUACAGCUCAUUUCAAGCAAAUCAGUUCACUGGAACAGUGUAUCAGACAGUGCUAUUAACUCAGCGCCAUUCCCUAAGAACAACAAGCUUAGAAGAAACAGUGACUCCCAAUACGGCACCUGCUCAGUGGCCAGGAAUAACAGCUCUAAUACGUCUCUUGAAUUCUGCUGGUGAGGAAGCCCAGCCAGGCCUCACAGUUUUACUUUGUGAAAUUCUGACUGCAGUCUAUCUGAGUCUGUUCAUCCAUGGCCUGGCAACACAUUCUAGCAAUGAGUUGUACAGGAUUAUGGCUCAUCCACUGAACAACAAAAUGUGGUCUGCUAUCUUUGGAGGAGGAGCUCAUACACCCAGCAGAGGACAAGUGCAAUUAAAGACAAAAAGUGGUAGGCACUUCUCAAUGCCUAGCCCACAGCAGGUAGUAGUGUUCUCCAUGGAAUGUGUGGGGUUUUCCAAAUCUCUUACCGCCUUCAGUACUCAUAGUCCUACCAAACCUUCAGAUGAUGGAGAGAAACAACAAAAACGUUAUAGGCUUUCAUCAAAGAGCUCUCCAAAAGAGAGUUCUCAGUUGCCUGCAUUGCCAUUGGCAGACCAAGAAUCCCCAUCUUACAAAGAAAGAUAUGUUCCUCCUGAGCUUAGCAUCUGGGAUUAUUUCAUUGCAAAGCCUUUUCUUCCGUUGCAAAGUAAAGUGGAAUAUGAUUCAGAAGAAAGUCAGGAAAGUGGUGAAGAUGAUGAAGAUAAUGAUGGAGAUGUGUUUGCAUCAAAUUCACAUAAUCAAGAACAUUCUAAUUCAAAUUCAUACAGUUGGUCACUGAUGAGAUUGGCAAUGGUUCAGCUGGUACUUCACAAUUUGAAGAUUUUCUACCCUUUGGCUGGACAUGAUCUUUCAGAGCUUCCAGUUAGCUCCCCAAUAUGCCAUGCAGUUUUGAAAACACUACAGCGCUGGGAACAAGUUCUUCUCCGACGUCUUGAGCUACAUGGGGGUCCACCUCAACAGUAUAUAUCAGUUCAUGCUUCUGAAGAUGCUCUAGCUGCUGGUCCUGCACUGCUUCGCCAUAAAACUUUACUUGAGCCUACAAACACUCCAUUCAGAUCUAACAGUCACCUUGCUCUGUCUGUGAAGAGGCUCUGGCAGUAUUUGGUUAAACAGGAACAAGUCCAGGAAACCUUUAUCAGAAAUAUUUUUGCCAAGAAGCGAUGCCGAAAUGAGUCAUUAGAGGAACACAAUGAAACCAUGAAAAAUUCUGUGGUGGAGGAGCCCAUCGUCAAUAAGAUAGAAACAGAUUUAGGAUACCCAGGAGGCAAGGCAAGAAUAAUCCAUAAAGAGUCUGACAUCAUUACUGCUUUUGCAGUCAAUAAGGCAAAUCGGAACUGCAUUGCAAUAGCAUCGAGUCAUGACAUACAAGAAUUGGAUGUUUCUGCAAUUUUAGCUACACAAAUCUAUACCUGGGUUGACGAUGAUGUGGAAACAGAAAACAAAGGGGCUGAUGAUUUCUUAGUUAUACAUGCUCGUGAUGAUCUGGUAAAUGUUCAGGGAACCACUCCUUAUACUCACAGUAAUCCCGGCACGCCUAUCAAUAUGCCUUGGCUUGGUAGUACACAAACUGGCAGGGGUGCAUCUGUGAUGCUCAAGAAGGCGAUUAACAAUGUCAGAAGAAUGGCUUCUCACCCAACAUUACCAUAUUACCUGACAGGUGCUCAAGACGGUAGUGUAAGAAUGUUUGAAUGGGGUCAUGCUCAGCAGAUCACAUGUUUUCGGUCUGGUGGCAACUCAAGGGUAACUCGAAUGAGAUUCAAUUACCAAGGAAAUAAGUUUGGAAUUGUUGAUGCUGAUGGAUAUAUAAGUUUAUAUCAGACAAAUUGGAAAUGUUGCCCACUGACUGGAACUUCACCUAAACCAUACUUGACAUGGCAGUGUCAUAACAAAACAGCCAAUGACUUUGUUUUCAUCAGUUCGUCAUCUUUGAUAGCCACAGCAGGAUUGUCUUCUGACAACAGAAAUAUUUGUCUUUGGGAUACUUUGGUUUCACCUACAAAUAGCUUGGUGCAUGCUUUUAUCUGUCAUGAUAGUGGAGCAACUGUGCUAGCAUAUGCUCCAAAGCAUCAGCUGUUAAUAUCUGGAGGCAGAAAAGGCUUUACAUGCAUAAUUGAUCUUCGUCAAAAACAACAACAACAGUUACUUCAGAGUCAUGAUUCUCCAGUCAAAGCAAUUGCUGUUGAUCCUACGGAAGAGUAUUUUGUCACGGGAUCUGCUGAAGGCAACAUAAAGGUAUGGAAUCUGUCUACAUUCAAUCUUCUUCACACUUUCAUCAAUGAGCAUGCUCGACAGUCUCUCUUCAGAAACAUCGGCACAGGAGUCAUGCAAAUUGAGACAGGACCAGCAAAUCACAUAUUCUCCUGUGGUGCUGAUGGAACAGUAAAGAUGAGAAUCUUGCCUGACAGAUUCAGCCCUUUAAAUGAUGUGUUAAAAAAUGAUGUGAAAUUUAUGAUCUAGUAUAUUUCUCAGAACAGUGUAUAACAUUCCCCUUCUGCCAACCCUGAAGAUAUUUUUCUUGGAACUAGCCAACAAAGCAAAUAGAUAAUGAUAGCUUGUGCCACAAAGAUGCCUUUUUUUUUUUUUUUCUUUGCCCUCAUAUUUAUUACCUGGAGCUUUUAGUUGCACUGAUGCCUUAAAGAUUAACAAGGUCCUUCAGAUUUUGAUCAUUACUUAAAAUAAAAGCUAUACAUGAAUCUGAAUUAUAUACACUUAAAAAUAUUAAUAAGAUGUUGCUGAAGUGGUUUACUCUUCCUUUUGAGGUAUUUACACUCCCACCUGGAGUCUGCCAUCUGGGUGUAUGGCCUCUGCUUAUAUUCAACACCUGGCCGCCUUCUAAAAGCAGGUCUGUCCAGAUGGAAAUGUUAGAUAAUGUUACUCUUUCACUGUGGCAACCAUAACUGUCUUUGUUCUCAACUUGUUUAGUUAGUUGACAAUAAAAAAAAAUAUUCCUAUAUGUAGAAGAGAAACAAAACGUGUCUGAAUAGAUACUCCUGGCCAUGCAACCAUUCAUAUAAUGAGCCACUGUCUUGUCUCCAUUCCUGGAAUCCAGGCUGUUUACCUCUCUAACUCGCCUGAUCUCCUUCCUCUGACCUAGGGUAUAAGAAACUGAAGGAUGGUCUGUAACUUGUCUUCUGUUCUAUAGCUUGAAUCACUGCCAUCAGGAUGGCAGGCUUACCUUUUAAAAAGAAAUAUAUUUUUAACCCUGAACACUCCCUUUACAAAAAUAUGUAAAUAUUAAUGGAUAUCUUCCUAAUAAAAUAGUUAAGAUUGUGUGAAGCUUUAGUCUUGAUCAAAAAGAUACAGGAAGAUACUGCUUUAGGAUAUGGCACUAGAAUUUCUUCAAAGACUAUUUAUUUACAUGUCUGUAGAGGGGAAAAAAAACUAAUUUAUUUUUACAUUUUUUCCUGUAAGAGUUUUAUUUAGCCCAAAGAUACUCAGUUCAUUCAUAGCACUUACAUUCUUGUUUGUCAGCUUUUUAAAGUACGUUAAAAAAAGGAAUAAGUUCAACAGCACAGUACUCCAAUACUGUCAGUCUUUGUAGUGUAUGUUUACAUCUGGUGUAAAAUGAAAGAGAAGAAUUUUGAGAAGGAAAGAUGGAUUUUCUUUUUGCCAAACUAUUAAACUGCAUAACUUACAUGUUUGACCAAAUUAUUAAUGCACAAAGCCUUUACAUUUUUUUUAGUCAGCUAAAAACUGUUUAUGUAAGUAUUUUGGUUUACUUUUCCUGACUUGAGAGCUUGACAAAGGUUUAAUUUGUAAAUUAGGUGUGAGGCUGGAUUACUUGAAUGCCGGUGAUGUACUUUUUGCUAAAAGAUAUUUUGUGAAAUAUAGCACCAAGAUAUUAACUGUAAAAUAAACUUGUCAAAUUAGGAAUUAUGGGGAUAAAUAAAGCAUAGCAGAAAUGAAGGGCUUGUAAAAUGAACUUUGUAACAUUCUCAGGAUGCUUUUAUCUUAAGACUAUAAAAUUGUUUAAAAAGAUUUUGUAAAAUAUAUUAAGGUCAUUUUAAAUGUAUGUUUCGCAAGUUGCAGUGCAAACACUAUGAAGGUUUUAAUGCACAAAACCUGAAUUUUCAAAUUGUGCAAUAAAAAGAAUGUGAAUAUUUUGCCAUGAAGAGACAUGUGACAGCACUUCAAACUGGUACAGCUGUUCAGUGAUUCAAUUAUAAUUGUUCUUCCACAACACCUAUAGAUUGAAAUCAAAAUCGAUAUCAAAACAGUUUAAGUACAGUGAUGGCCCAGAAAAGUGACUGACUAAAAGUGACACCACCUUACAAAACAGACUUGCCCUAUGCAUAUGUCAUAUCUGCUCAGUGGCUGAGUUUCUAAUAUUCCUUAUUCUUAAGAAAGAAGGAAAACAAUGGAGUUAAUGGGAGCACACUCAUUAAGAAUCAGCUGAAACCCUGACUUUGUAUAUACAUGCAUUAGUUUCAUGCGCCCACUGAACUAACAAAGUUACAUUUAGAAAAGGAGAAUGUGCAAAAUUCAUGGCAACAUUAUAUAAUGAUGUUGUUUUGUCCUUAAAUAUUUGUAUCUGAUAAGCUUUAAUAUUUCAAGCUCAGUUUCUUGUACUGGCAAUCACGAAAAGGCUGUCUUACCAUCUGCAAACUGAGCAGAUUUUAAAUGUAAUUUGCCAAGAUAUACGAUGUUGUCAUUUUUCUGAGUAGAGCUGCACAAUGAAUAAUCCUGGCAAAUUUAUGCUUAUACCAGAGAAGUACUGACUGUGAGCAGGCAUUUUCAAUAAUGUUUAGUUACCAUAAGCUACUUGCAAAACUAAAUUGUGUGAAAUCACAAUGUAUUUGCCACAGCUUCAUAAUCUUCCCAAUAAAUCCUGCAGAAAGUCAACCUUCUAGAAUUCCAUGUUGCUGCUACUUCAUUUACAAGUCAGUUCUUUGCUUGUAUAAUGUUUAUUGAUGUUUAAUAAUUAUUGUAAAUCAAAUUAUCAGGAGCUUUUUCGUAGUGAUGGAAUCAAAAUGAGUUAACUUCUGUUGUAUCUGAAACUUUUCAAGGGACACUCUCAACUUCAACUCUAGUCUUUGGGGAAGAACUGAACUCAACUCGUGCAGCUGUUGCUCUUUACAGCCUCCACUGACUUUUGUUCUCCAGAAAAUUAAGACUUUCUCCCUUUUGCUAUGCAAGUUACUCAAACAGAAGGGUGACGGUGGCUACUCAGGUUUCUGUGCUUGAAGUAGCCAUGUGCACAAACUGAACUUAAAAUUUGCACUUACCAGUGCUUAAUCUACAAUAAUUUUCUAUCCAAACUAAAUAAUUUAGCUUGUAGUUGAUAAUGUCCCUUUUAAAUAUCAUAGACUAGCAGUUGUGACUUGUGUUUGUCUACGUAGCAAUACCUAAUGCAAUCAGAGUGUGUCAUUCUUGUGUUGCUAAUUGAUUCAGUUACCUCAAAUGGAUGUAUGAUCCAAUUUCUUUACUAUUUAGUAACUUGUGAGAGUUAAAACUCUGGCCAUCUGAGUACUUAAACUGGCUUGCUGUGUGACUUUAAACCAGAAAAUUCUCAGCUGACAGCUGAUGAUGGAGGAUCUUUGUGGAGAAAGAUGGAGAGUGAAACAGAUACAGAUUUUGUACCACGCUGCUGUGGCACAAGGUGAGCUUACACAUGUUCUGCUGCAUUUGAGGAACCUCUCUACGAGUGACAAGGGAAAUAAACUGUUGAGAUAUCCUACAUUAGGUACCACUCCCUUCCUCUUAAGAGCACCCAGUGUUAGUUUAGUUGCAAUAGGUAUGAAAAAUAAUGAAACAGUGAGUGAAAGGAGAUAAGCUUGGAGACAGUAUGUUCUCCAAGGUAAUUUUUUCAAAUGUUUAUUUUUACUAAAAAUAGCAAAACCACCUCUAAUGGCAGGUUCAGCACACUGAUCAAACUACUUUCUAUAAAAUAAAGAUACUGAUU